AUGGCUGAGGUCGACAUCGCUAGUCAUGACCUCAUGACCAAGGAAACAGGCCGGACGGAACCUAAACAAGAAUCGAUUUCCCAUACGCUAUUGGUACCGGCCCCGAUGAGGAUAAAAGCCAGCUCAGAACUACCUCGUAAAACGAACUCUCAAACCGCCACACUAAACCUCUCGCUCUCCUUCAUCAACCUCAAACUAGGAACACCCAACUCUCGAACGACAACCCUGACACACGCAUACUCUCAGCGCCUAGCUAAACAGGACCUCGUUACCUUUGGAUUCCACCGCCGUCUGAGCUUCGAACAGCUUCGUACUUGA